AUGGAGGCGGAUGGAGGAGGCCGAGGAGGAGGAGGCGGAGGCGGAUGGAGGACGGAGGCCGAGGAAGAGGCCGAGGAUGGAGGCGGCGGCGACGGAGGAGGAGGAGCGCCUCGCGGCAGCGCCCUGUGGGCCUCGCCGGGCGUGUGGGCCGGGCCGCCGCCGUGGGGCCGCCGCCGUGGGGCCGCCGGCGCCCGGUCCUGCCCUGGCGUGACCCCACGCACGGCCGCACGCCCACGGCGCCUCGUCAGCCUCGCCUCGGCCGGGCGGCGCCACUGGGGGUGCGGGGAGGCCAGGCCCAGCGGAGGCGGGGCCCGCGGCGCCCGGAGCGCGUGGCCACGGCCCGCAGGACGCGCCUGGGGGCUCCAGAGCCGCCCGCCCGGCCGCGGACCGGCAGGCCCCACGCUGCUUCGCGCCUGCCAGGCGCCCGCGUGCCGCGGCCGUUCCCCCGACAGCAGGGCCGAGCGCCCACGUGCCCUGCGCGCACCCACAGCGGCGGGAGCGGCGGCUGACGCCAGGGCCCCCGCGCUGCCGCCACGGUUCCGAAGGACGCCCGGGCCCGUCGCCCCCAGGGCUCUGCGGUGCGGGAAGCCGAGGCAGCGCCGCGGGGGGCCGCAGACCGCGGGGAGGCCGCGCCCUGGAAGCCUGGAGCGCCGUGGCCCCGGGUUCACGCUCCCGAGUGUUAGAAACGGCGGCCGCUGGCCACAGGCCCGCGGGAAUCCAAGGAAAUCCACGCUCUGCGCUCAAAUCCGGGUCCUGGGGGUCAGACGCCCCGAGCGACACAAGGCGAACGGCAGGGGACGGCGGCGCCCCUCCCCGCCAGGCACGGGCCCUGUGACCGCGGCCGGGGCAGGGCCCAGUCCUCCGCCCUCGCCCCCCUCGCUGCGGCACCGCGCCGAGCCUGUGGGCCCCCAGAGUGCCCCCGUCCCGCGCCCAGGUGUGGGGCGCUCCUCUGGGCCUACGCGGCCUCGCUGCGCCGCUCUGAGCGCUGAGUCCCACACGCACCCAAGGAAACGCUGGCUAAGCCGGGCGGCCCGGAGCAGCUGGGGCCCAGCGCCCUCACCGCCGGCCUCCCCCACACCCGACGGCUCUCUGCGCCUUCCCUGCUGUACCCAGGCGCUUCCAGAAGCCCCGUCCCCGAGUCCAAGCUCCAGUGGCUUCCAGGCGGAGGACAGGGCCAGACGUGGGGACUGCGAUGCUCCCAGGUCCAGACGAGGCCGCGGGCCACGCCCUGAGCCGCGUGAAGGUGCACGGAGAGCGACGCACGAAGAAACAAACGACGGGGCCGGGGAAGGGGGGGCUCGGCGCCGCCUUCAGCCCGGGCCUCCCGAGAAUGAAGUGCGCUUUGAUUUAGUCCCAUUUCACAGAAAAACAAUUCAAGGCAAAGGGAGCUGCCACCGGCCUUUCUGGUUCAGGAGGCGGCGGGCGGCAGGCAAGCUGUGUGGCCUUCCCCAGCCCCGGGCACCCUGGGGGAAGCUGUGCCCGCAGGGUGAGGCGGUGGAGGGGACCCCCGCGGGGACCGACCCCACGCAGUCUUGCACGGAUGCACGGCCUCGCCCCCUUCCCCGCACCCGCUCCUGUCCCGCCACGGCCCGGGCCCCCCAGGUUCCCAAGUCUCCAGGUGGCCGUGGACUCCGGGCUCCCCCAGGUCCCCAGGUGGUCGCGGGCCCCAGCCCCCUCCAAGUCCCCAGGUGGUCGCGGCUCCGCCCUCCCCCAGGUCCGCAGGUGUCCCCGGCCCCCCAGCCCUGCUGCGCCCCGCUCCCCUCCUCCACCCUCUUGCAGAAGCCUCCUGGGCCCGGAGGCCUGGGGGGGGGGCGCGGGGGGCGGGCCCGCGGGCAGCGAGAGGCGGGCAGGUCACUGCGCUGGGGCCGGGGCGUCGGGGACUCCGGAUUGGUUCACACGGGGCCGAGCUGGUCACCCAGCGCCCCGCACGCCGCGGGAUUCCGUGGAGGACCCACGGGCGACCCCAGGGAGGUCCCUCGGGCUGGGCUCCGGGACGGUCCCCCACCCCCGGAGGAGCGGUCGGCCGGGGCCCGGGAUGCGCUGCGCUCGGGGCCGCGGGGAGGACUGCGCCGCCGGGGUCCGGGGACGGGGACCGGGACGGGGACGGGGACGGUCCCGCCACAGCCCGGGGAGCCGCUCGGGGCCGAGAACUGCGCCGGGUUGAACGUAGUUUUUAUUCUGACCGCGAAAGGGCUCAAACAUCACCUGGGGACGGCGGCGGAGACGUGGGAGGGCGCGGGCGCGGGGCGCGGUGGCCUCCCCGCCUGCCCCUCGGCCUCAGCGGGCCGCUCGGCUUCGGCGGCUUCACUUCAGGCGGCUCCUGAGCGAGCCGGAGACAUGGGGUCGCUGGAGGCGCAGCUCCUCCGCCACCAGGUCCGGGUGCAGGCAGUGCAGGCUGCAGGAGGUGCAGGUGCAGGGGGUGCAGGUGCAGGUGCAGGGGGCGCAGCUCACAGGCCAGCGUCAGGGCGGUGGGAAGCAGAGGCGCGGCCUGCACCGGACAGCUGCCCUGGGGCUCCCCAGCCACGCUCUGGCGCCGAUCUAACACGAAAAUACUGUUCUGAGAACCGUAGCCUCACUCGGCUGCCGCGGAGCCCUGAUAAGAAAGAAAUAGUGGUGACCACGGAGGGCUAA